GAUGCAGGUGCAUGUGCACCACACACACCCGCGGUUGUCCGAAUUAUCUGCAUAGCCGCCGAUGCCACAGCGCGACACAGUCGAGCGUCCUUGGGUGCCAUCAUCACAAGUUCCCUCCCGAAACACCCAGGUCGGAGUUUUAUCCAUACGCGGCAACGCCUCGUGCCCAGAACCUGAGCUAUCACACAUCCUCACAUGCGAUACAGCGCCUCAGACGAUGUUCCUCGUUACACUUCCCGAUACUUACAACUUCGGCGCUUUCAUCCUCUCUUGUUGGUGGGGCUGCUGCCUCCUGCGCCCCUCAACAGAUCACCGUAUCAGAUCAACACCUUGCAUCGGGACAAUUGUGUUGCAUCAUCAUAGCCUUGUGCUCUACGCUACGUGCGCUGUGCACCAUUCUACUUGGCUCGUCAGUUAAUAGAACUAUCAUUCAUC